UUUUUUUCUAAACCUUGCAUUCACAGUCCUACUUGUCACGGUGGCGGUUGCCUCAACAACGAUAUCCGGCGUCGCUUAGUUUCGUUUUCUUUUAAACCGUCUUUACUUUUCCCAUUUCUUGUUGUCAUUAUUUUAUGGUAUCCACGUAACGGUCUCUAGUCAUGUCAACUACACCGAACCGUUUACGGACCACCACGGCGUUUCGGUCCAUAUCUGCCGUGCUGGGCAAAGGCAUCCAUCGCGUGUCGCACAUAUCCGCUCGCAACCCUAUCGAGACUAUUGCCACCAUUUUGAUGCUUGCUUCGUUUAGCUAUUUCUAUCUAUUUAAUUUGGCACGGACGUCGGACCUGUUCACGGGCACCACUUCACGACUGGCCGCCACGACCAUGGUAGCUCAUCCUCAGUCCAACGCCAUGACACUUCUGCGCGGGUACCCUUCGGAGGCUUUCGACAAAGAUGCCGUCAAAGUCGAUCUGAAGCAGGUCAUGGUCAUCAAUCCAAAACACGGUGUCUUCAAUCGUGCCAUUCUGCAAUCCGUACUUCGGUUCGAGAAAUAUAUCGAAAACGAUCUUCAUGUGCCCGAUACCCCAAAGGACCAGUUUACGUACAAUGACGAUUUAUGCUACAAAGAUGAUCGUCAUCAGUGUUUCCUUGGCUCCCCUCUGAGACUGUGGCAAUACAACGAAACAUUUUUGAAUCGUGACGACGACGUUCGUUCGACAAUUUUGGAGGAUCCUUCGGCUCGUAUAUUUUUUAUCAACCACAACAAUAAGGAUCAGCGAGACGCGACGUCGUUGGUGUUGUCCUACGCUUUUGAUGUCAGUAAUGCGUAUCGAAGCGCUCUUUCAGAUCAAUGGGAACACAAAGUCGCCACUUUGGAAUCGGGUGAUCUCAUCUCACUCUCCGGUUCCGAUCAGCAAGAAAAUCUGCUCGUCUGGCUUUUUUUUAUUACCCGUAACAUCACCAUUCGCAUUAAACAGUUGUGUGAAAUAGCUGACAGUGUGGAUAUCAUGGUGGUCAUGGCGGGUUACAUCAUGAUGAUCGCCACCUUUGUAUCCUUGUACAUCAAUAUGCGCCGCAUUGGUUCCCGCUACACAUUAGCGACGGCUGUGUUGAUCAAUGGAUUCUUUUCCUUCAUGCUAUCCUUGCUGACGGUGCAUGCAUUUGGUGUAGCUAUUCAUGCCACCGUCCUGGCUGAAGCGCUUCCUUUUCUGAUUGUCACCAUUGGAUUCGAACGUCCAUUUAAAUUGACGAAACGUAUUCUACAAUACAGCAAACAGUCGCCUAUCACGAAACAGGAUAUUCGUCAAACGAUCCGUCGUGCUGUAGACUCGGUGGGGUUGCAGAUCGCACGCGAUUGCUUUAUUGAGAUCUUUGUGCUGGCCAUCGGGGCUAAAUUAGGUCUUUCGGGGUUACGCGAAUUCUGUCUUUUGAGCGCUGUUUUGGUGACUUAUGAUUUCAUCUUGAUGUUUACUUGGUAUACCGCGGUCUUGGCAUUGAAAUUGGAGCUUGGACGUAUUCGGGAAAUCAACAGUUCGACGGAAACUAAACAGGAAACCUUGAAACCGCCGGCUAAUACAGGCUACAUCCGUCGUACAGUGGUCAACGCGUUCAGUGACGAUAAUGCCGCUGGUGAUGACACGACGGAUAAGGACGCGCCAAUGAUCGGCCGUGUGAAACUUUUAUUGAUCAUUGGUUUUGUUGGCAUGCACAUUUUCAAACUAUGUUCGACUUUCCAAUCGGGACCUCAAGUGGAUACCAGUGAUCCUUCCAUUGCACCGCUUUUGCAACAACUCCUCGAACAGCAUCGUCAGUCCCCGCAAGCGUCACGCCCGUUUGUCGUUAAGGUAUUCCCACCCAUGGUAUUCCAAGUCUCUACCGCCAGUUGGACCAUGUUCCCUACAGCCGUCACCAAUCGCUUGGAGGCCAUGCUGGAUAUCUAUUCGGUGUACAUUGCGCAUCCCGUCAUUAGCAAAUGGUUGGCUAUCGCUCUUUGUUUUUCCUUGUUCCUCAAUACAUACCUGUUCAAUGUGGCCAAGCAGCCGAAACAGCUCGUCGAACAUUGGCAACCUCGGUCCAAGACCGUAGUCAGUGGUGCGGUGUCUUCGGUCGUUGAACUCUCGGAUCAACAUCCAUUAUCGGUUUCACAGGUCGAACCGCAGGACAAUGUCAAAGUCAAUUCAAAAGGGGAUACCCUCAAAUCACCCAAAUUCCACCCUGUGCCACCGCAACUCCGUCCUCAUCAUUCCCAACAUCGUCGUCAUUCCUCACGCUCAUCGCCCAUGCCUACCGCGGUACGUCCUUUGGACAUCUGCCAGUCUUUAUUGAACACGCCGGAUGAUUUGACCGAUGAAGAAGUGAUCUCCUUGGUUCAGGCCGGAAAACUUGCCACGUAUGCCUUGGAGAAAGUCUUGCGAGAUUUGGAGCGAGCCGUAUUGAUUCGUCGCGCCUUGAUUUCACGUGAAUCGAUUUCAAAGACAUUGGAAGAGAGUGCGUUGCCGUUGGAAAAUUACCAAUACGAGAAAGUGAUGGGAGCUUGCUGUGAAAACGUAAUUGGGUACAUGCCAAUUCCUUUGGGUGUGGCGGGUCCAAUGUCGAUUGACGGUGAUAUGAUCCAUAUUCCCAUGGCUACCACCGAGGGAUGUCUUGUCGCUUCCACGGCCCGUGGAUGCAAAGCGAUCAAUGCGGGCGGUGGCGCUCGAACGAUUAUUACUGCAGAUGGAAUGACCCGCGGCCCGUGCGUGGAAUUCCCCAACAUUCUACGAGCCGCCGAGUGCAAACAGUGGGUGGAAGGAAAAGGCAAUGAGAUAGUGACGAGCGCCUUCAAUUCAACGUCCCGAUUUGCUCGAUUGCGCAAGCUCAAGAUUGCUCUUGCAGGAAAGCUCAUGUUUAUUCGAUUUUCGACGACCACCGGUGACGCAAUGGGGAUGAACAUGAUUUCCAAGGGAUGUGAAAAAGCGCUGGGCGUGAUUUCCGACUAUUUCCCGGACAUGCAAGUUAUUUCGCUUUCUGGCAAUUACUGCACGGAUAAAAAACCGGCAGCGAUUAAUUGGAUCGAAGGCCGUGGCAAAUCCGUCGUAGCCGAAGCCGUCAUUCCCGGCGCCGUGGUGCAAAAAGUAUUAAAAACCACCGUCGCCGCGCUGGUGGAACUCAAUACCAGCAAGAACUUGGUAGGUUCGGCCAUGGCCGGUUCGGUGGGUGGGUUCAAUGCCCAUGCCGCGAAUAUCUUGACCGCCAUUUACAUCGCGACAGGUCAAGACCCUGCGCAGAAUGUGGAAAGUUCCAACUGUAUCACGUUGAUGAAACCCGUCGACAAUAAUACCAACCUUCACAUUUCAUGUACGAUGCCGAGCAUUGAAGUGGGCACUAUUGGCGGAGGCACCAUUUUACCACCUCAGCAAGCAAUGUUAGAUCUACUGGGAGUUCGUGGACCGCAUCCCACCGAUCCCGGAAGAAACGCACAGCGAUUAGCAAGAAUUAUCUGCGCUUCCGUGAUGGCCGGUGAACUUUCGUUGUGUGCUGCACUAGCUGCUGGUCAUUUGGUUAAAGCACAUAUGGCUCACAAUCGCAGUACGCAAGCUCCUUCCACCGCUGAAGGAUCCUCCGUCGUGACACCUCCUUCCAGUCCAGCAUUAGAAACACCGACACCCACCCCGGGUUCCUGCAUCAAAUCAUAAAUCGGUUCCCUUUUUCAUCUUUUUUCCUAUUUCCUUAAUUGUACAUUGUUUUUUGGUAGAAUCAUUAAAAACAGUAAUUCGUCCUUUCUUCGUCAUUUGGUCA